AUGAAUUUGUGGCUAAUAAUCAAGUGCUUGUGUGUAUUUCAAGUUGUUUGUAUUAAUGGUUACAGCGAUUUUACUGAAAAAAUCCCAAAUGGUGUAAAAGUUCCUAAUCCAUGCCAUGAGGACAUCAGUAAUCCCUGGCUUGGGGUUGGCCAUCAAUCAUCUGGCGGCGCUGAUGCAAGGAAUUCAUUUGGUGUUGAUUUUGCUAAUGCUGGCUAUACGUGGACUAAAUCACUUUGUCAGAUGGAUAGUGAUGGAGAUGGAAAAACAAAUGGUGAAGAACUUGGCGAUCCUGAGUGUACAUGGGCUGUAGGUGCAACUCCGUCAAUCUCAACCGGUCUUUCUCAUCCAGGAAUCUGUGAGCCGCUCAAUUCUCCUACGUGUUGUGGUCAGAAGCAGUCAUGGCUAAGUUGCAAUAUCGAUUGCCCAAAUAAGACGGAAAACAAACCAUCCAACACCGAACUAUAA